AUGCACAGCCUGAGGUCGGCCGCCACGGCCAGCGCCCUUCGGAGUGCCUGUCGCCGUCCAUCCCACACCGCCAAGCUGCUGUCAAGCUCUGGCUCCAGCUCCAGCUCCAGCUCCAAGUCGACUGCCCUCGUCUCGUCACAGCCCUACAUCUCACGACACACACGAUCUCUCGCAACUUCAAGUGCCACCAGGCUACAUCACCGCGUCGCUUUGUCGCAGCACAAUAGCAAUAGCAAUGGCAAUCGCAGUGGCUCCAACGCGCCCCAGACCCGCCUUGCGUCAUCCUCGGCCUCGUCGCCGGAAGAGCUUCAGAAGACGCCACUAUAUGACCUCCACCUUGCCCAUGGCGGCAAGAUGGUGCCCUUUGGCGGCUUCCACAUGCCCGUCCAGUACACAGGGCUCACCGUGAGCCAGUCGCACUCCUUCACACGCGAGCAUUGCUCCAUUUUCGACGUCAGCCACAUGGUGCAGCGGUGGUUUAAGGGGGAGGGCGCCAUCUCCUUCUUGCAGCGCAUCACCCCGAGUGACCCCGGCGCCCUUCAGGACAACCACAGCACCCUCUCAUGUCUGCUGCACGCCGACGGCUCGGGCGGCAUCGUUGACGACACCAUCAUCACUAGGAUAAAGCCAGACAGCUUUUACGUCGUGACUAAUGCUGCGUGCCGCGACAAGGACGAUGCCUAUCUCGACCAAGAGUUGGCCAAGUGGAACGCCGAGCCCGACCACAAGGAUCUGAGGGUCGUCCAGGAGCAGCGUCCCGGCUGGGGCUUGGUGGCUUUGCAGGGUCCUGGCGCCGAGGCCGUGCUCGCCCCGCUCCUUAAAGCCGGCCAGGACCUGAAGACGGUGUACUUUAGCCAAUCCUUCAGCACCCGACUGCAGCUCCCUAGCAAGCAGCUCAGCGCCGAAGUGCUCAUCAGCCGCAGCGGGUACACAGGUGAGGACGGCUUCGAGAUCUCCAUACCCCCUGCGGAUACAGUCCCCGUCACUGAGGCGCUGCUGGCGUCGGGCGGCCCGGACAAGGUCAGGCUCGCUGGGCUCGGCGCACGAGACAGCCUCCGGCUCGAGGCCGGCAUGUGCCUGUACGGUCACGACUUGGACGACACGACGACGCCGGCCGAGGCCGCCCUCAGCUGGAUCAUUCCUCCCAGCCGGCGGAAGCCUGACGCCGGCUUCUACGGCGCCGAAGUAAUAGCCCGCCAGCUGCUACCCAAGAGCAAGGGUGGUUCGGGUGUAACGCGCCGUCGCGUUGGGCUGCUGGUCGAGGGCGCUCCCGCCAGAGAAGGCGCCGAGAUUGUUGACCCCAACGACAAGACAGUCAGCCUCGGUUCCGUGACGAGCGGUUGCCCAAGCCCCACGCUGGGUAAGAACAUUGCUAUGGGCUACAUCAAGGACGGUUUCCAUAAGUCUGGCACCCAGGUGGCAGUGUUGGUGCGGGGCAGGCCGAGGGCGGCCGUCGUGGCCAAGAUGCCAUUCGUGCCUAGCAAAUACUGGAAGCCCACCUAA